AUGUUGGAUAUCAACGACUUCAUCACAGAGCGCGGGGGUGACCCAGAGAAGAUCCGCGACUCGCAGCGAAAGCGAAAUGCGCCCGUGGAGAUUGUGGACGAGGUGAUUGCCGACUUCGAGGAGCACCGAAAGACACAAUAUGCCGCAACACAAAUCGGAUCCUCCAUCAAUGCGCUCCAAAAGCAGGUGGGAGCGAAGAAGAAGGCCAAGGAGGAUGCAACCGAGCUCCUGGAGGAGAUGAAGAAGCUGAAGGAGGACAAGGCGAAGAAGGAAGCAGAGGCGGCCGAGAAGCUCGUCAAGCUCAACAACAAGGCCAAAACGAUCGGAAACUACGUGUACAAGGACGUCCCCGUGUCCAACACCGAGGACGACAACGCGGUGAUCAAGACGUGGGCGCCCGAGAACCGCAAAGCAGAGUUCAAGUCCGACGGCAUUCCACACCACGGUGUCCUCACGCGCCUCGCCGGCUACGACCCAGAGCGCGGCGUCAAAAUCGUCGGCCACAGAGGCUACUGUCUCACCGGUUACGGCCUCUUCCUCAACCUCGCGCUCAUCAACUACGGCCUCGAAUUCCUUUUCAACAAGGGCUACACCCCCAACCAGCCACCCUUCUUCAUGCUGCGCGACCAGAUGGCCAAGACGGCACAACUCUCCGACUUCGACGAGGAGCUGUACAAGGUCACUGAGAGCAAGGACAAGCCCGAGACUGACAAGUACCUGAUCGCCACCUCCGAACAGCCCAUCUCCGCACUGCACUCUGAGGAGUGGUUAGGUACCGCGGACCUCCCAAUCAAGUACGCAGGCUACUCGACCAACUUCCGCAAAGAAGCGGGCUCGCACGGCAAAGACGCAUGGGGCAUAUUCCGCAUCCACCAAUUCGAAAAAGUCGAGCAGUUCCUCCUCACCACGCCCGAGAAGUCCUGGGAAGCCUUUGACGACAUGCUCGCCACCUCGGAGGAGUUUUACCAGAGCCUGGGCCUGCCAUACCAGGUCGUUGCGAUUGUGUCUGGCGCGCUGAACAAUGCCGCCGCCAUGAAGCGCGAUCUCGAGGCGUGGUUCCCCGUCACGGGCGGCGGCGAGUACAAGGAACUCGUGUCGAUUUCGAAUUGCACGGAUUAUCAGACGAGGGAGUUGGAGAUACGGUUUGGCGUCAAGAAGCAGACGGCGACGAGGAAGGAUUACGUGCAUGCGUUGAAUGGUACUCUCUGCGCUACGGAGCGCACGCUCUGCUGUGUCCUCGAAAACUAUCAGACUCCAGAGGGCUUCAAUGUUCCCGAGGUGCUGCGGAAAUACAUCCCCGGGCAGCCGGCGUUCUUGCCGUUUGUCAAGGAGUGGAAGCAGCCGACGGAUGAGAAGAAGAUCCCGGAGCGUCCGAAGCAGGCUUAGACGGUGGUAUAUGAGGGAAGGGUAGGCCUGGUAGCAGAUACAACAGGUGUGUGAGCCACCUACGUGCGCAGUGCUGUCAGCAUGCGUGGGCAACGAGUAUGAUGAAAGCAUGUUCGCUGUGAGCAGAGAACAUGUACCAAAAUCAAGAAACAUGU